UUUGUCUCCAAGUCCUUUCUGCGAACAGUUGGUCUUGCAAAAGCCAACAAAACACCCUUUUCGUCCCGAACCCGCAACAAUGUCGUUCCGAGGCGAUUCGCGCGGUCGUGGUGGGUUUCGAGGUGGUGAUAGAGGAAGAGGAUCGUUUGGAGGAAGAGGCGGAGGUCGUGGUGGUUUCCAACAGCAGAACUUUGGGCCCCCUGCCCAAGUCUUUGAAAUGGGAAAGUUUAUGCACGCAACCGAAGGUGAAAUGGUCUGCGAAUCCGUCAACGCAAAGAUCCCUUACUUCAACGCACCUAUCUAUCUCGAGAACAAGACGACGAUAGGAAAAGUGGAUGAGAUCCUGGGCCCGAUCAACCAGGUCUACUUCACGAUCAAACCGCAAGAAGGCAUCCAGGCUACCUCUUUCAAAGCGGGUGAUAAAUUCUACAUUGGAGGAGACAAACUUUUACCACUGGAGAAAUUUCUGCCCAAACCCAAACCACCGCCAGGUACAGCAAGAGUCAAGAAACCAGCUGGUGCCCGAGGCGCUCCCCGAGGCGGUGGUAGAGGUGCCCCCCGAGGUCGUGGCGCUCCACGAGGAAGAGGUUCGUUCGGUUCUUUCGGCGGCGGUCGAGGCGCUCCUAGAGGCGGUGCUCGUGGAGGUGGUUUCUCCCGAGGCGGCAGUGGCUUCGGUGGCUCAAGAGGGGCCCCCCGAGGACGGGGCAGAUUUUAGGCAUUGUGACUUGGAUAGUCGAAUGUCUUCGCUGCAGCAUUGUUUUGGCGUUCAGGAGGAUACCCAUCAAAAAACUACGGUUGAGGCUGGGUGGGGGAAAUGCUACACUGGGAUAACAGAAUUGGUUUAUCAAGUUGCAGCGGGACCGUCUCGUCGGCUUCCCGCUGCUUUCCUUUCCAAAAAUGUCCUUGAAUGUCUUUUACAACAUGGCAUACUUCUUCAAUUGUGACUCUGCGCAGCCAUUCUAGGGUGAAUUUGUGCAGGGCACGUGACCACA